UGCGAGCCUGGUUGGCUGCAGAGUUUGGAGACACUAUCGAGAUGAUAUGACAAAACACAUGUCACUAGACUGGCAUGGACAAACUGUCAGUACGGAUUGCUUUUGAUGAGAAGUCUAAGCAGAUGGAAACCAAGUUUGAAAGUGCGGCAUGGAUGGAAGGCAGUGGAAGCGGUAUACGAAGACCCUGUGAGAGGGCAAAAGAUGACGUGGGCUUGGCAGGUGGAUAUAUCUUUCACAUGCUCGCAGGCAGCUACUGGCUAGUCGCAUCACAUACAGACAUUUUGCUCCUACAAAAGACAGCCAUCCUACAAUCGACGCAAUCAUGUCGGUCAACUGGGUCAUGCUGGAGCCCUCGUCGCCGCAACCUUUUACUCCCCUUCCACAUGAACAGACGCUCUACAAGUCGCCAACCCGCACGACCUUCUCGUUGCAGUCGCUUAACAAGUUCCCCGGCAAGGAGCCCGUCCACUGGUCAGCCUCAGCCGGCACCCUGUAUCUCACCAACCGCCGCCUCGUCUACCUGCCCUCGACAACAACCCCUCAGCUCCAGUCAUUCGCAGUACCGCUUCUCAACACUCACGAUUCGCACGUCGUUGCUCCAUGGAUAGGGCCUAAUGUCUGGACCGCACUCGUACAACCUGUGCAAGGCGGCGGCAUUCCUGGCAACAUUCCCGCGCUAGAGCUCAAAUUCGCCUUUAAAGACGGAGGAGCAUACGAUUUUCACUCCGGCUAUGAAAGAGUAAAGGAGAGACUACAGCAGCAAGUCGAUGUUGCGAGGCAAUCUGGUCACCUUCAAGGUGAUGGCAGCGAGGCAGGUAGAGGAAGAGGAGGUGACGCUCUCGCUGCUGUCGAUGUCGCAAACGUGCAUCUGGACGAUUUGCCUGCCUAUGAGGAGAGUGGUAGCACGAUACCCGUGCCUCAACCUCAGGCUGCUCCUAUGCCUGCACCUGUACCGAGACCAGCCCCUGCGUCGCCCGAGUCGCAUGCGCCAGAGGUCUUUACGCCACCGGCUGAGCCUCCGCCGGGAUACGAGCAAGUGCAGAGAGAAACUGUGGAAGACGAAUUGGAGAGGAGAUUGAGUAGUGGUCGCAUUCUGUAAGGCGGCUCCAACUCUGAAUGCUGUCAUGUGUACGAUGAGAUAUGAUACCCCACGACAAGGCUGUUCUUCCUUUGGCAGGUUAUUGAUUCACGAGGCAAGGGCGAACAGGCGUUUGGGUAAUGCUUCUUUCCUAUUUCAAUGGACGUUCUUCUUCGAACACGUUACUUCCUGGACAAGCUAAAGUGUUCAAGCUUGUGACGAU